CUCUGAAGGGCUUUAGACUAUAUAUAAAUCCAUACAGAAAAUGUCUCUCAUGAACCUACAGCAUGUUGCGUCUAAACAGUCUGAUUGGAGGGCUCUCGCCGUGGACAAGAAGAUCGAGCUCAUGAGUCAUAUGCUACAACGAAUGUGCGCACUUCAGUUUGAAGACUACAUUGAGAUGUUUGGUGCUAAGGAGGCCAGUAUGAUGGGCAUUUCGAGAGAAACCUCAGAGGGCGAGCUGGUAGCAACAAGUAAUACCUUUUUGCAGAUAGUAAUUGUCAAAAGUACUUUAGAACGCUUGCUUGAGGCGUAUCAGCUGCAGAUAGGGACGUUACCCAAACCAGAACUACAACAAACAACGUCCUUAAAUGGACAGACUGUACUGCAAACCAUCCCGGUUUUAUCGGCGGACAAAUAUGGUAUGCUGGGAAGUAGUCGAGGCGAGGUGUGGUUAAAGCAAACAAUAUCUGACGUCAAAACCUUUGACUUAAAAAACUUAGAAGACGACGCAACCAAGACAGGGGCCAUGGUAGUACUUGGUGCGGGAAACUUCUGCUUCCUGAGCGUGGUAGAUGCACUACAUGGUCUAUUCCAGAGCAACCGAGUCGUGUAUAUGAAACAUCACCCAGUUCGUGCGCAUCACGAUGAGCUAGUUCGGUACCUGUUUGCCCCUUUGAUAGUCCUGGGCUACUUCGAUACUGAGCUUGAUCAGGGCGUUCCACGCGCGCAGGAGCUUGUAAAUGCGGAGUGUGUAUCGUACGUGCAUUUGACGGGAGGAAAGGCUACACAUGAUGCGAUCGUUUGGGGUGGGCCGCAAAGAGAAAAGCCGGUAUUGAAAGCGGAGAUGACCUCUGAGUUGGGUUGUAUCACCCCCUGGUUGGUCGCCGAUCAAGAGUAUACAGCUGAAGAACUAGCCCAUCAGGCGAAGCACAUCUUUUAUGCUAUGUACGGGAAUGCCGGGGCAGCUUGUAAUAGCCCGAAAGUGUUGAUACUGCCUAGGCACUGGAAACAGAAAGAAGCUUUUAUUCAGACUAUCACCAGCGAGUGUCAGCGCGAUCUAUUGCCCGUAGCAUACUAUCCGGGUAUGAAGAAACGAUGGGAUGGGUUCCGAGCAGCCUAUAAAGAGGCAAAGGAGAUCAUCUCAGACAAUAAAACAGAGCGUAAGUUAACUGCACCGAUGCUCAGCAAUGAGCCACAGGUUGUACCGUGGCUGGUAGUUGAGAUUGACGUUAACUUCAGUACAGAGGAAGGGCGUAAGCAAGCUUCGAAUGAAUACGCGUUUCAAAAUGAACCUUUCGCCCCAGUAUUCACCAUAGCGUAUGUCGAAGACUUGGCAACGGGCGUCGACCUAUGCAAUAACUACAUAUACGGUAGUCUCAGUUGUAGUAUGACAGCAAGGGAAGAUGUGGCUGAGGUUGAAACCGCAAUUGCAAACUUAAAGUAUGGCAGUAUCGUAGUGAAUGCAUGGUCUGCGUUUGGAUUCUUCGCCACUGGACUGACAUGGGGUGCAUUCCCGGGCGAGAGUCUGGAGAGCGUUGAAAGUGGACGUGGGCAAGUAAGUAAUUUAUUCUUCAUUGAUGGUGUGGAGAAGAGCGUUUUGCGAACACCAGUAUUGGAUAGGGGGUUACAAGCGGAACGUGAUGAGGACUUAAGCUUCACUGCGAAGAAAGAUAAGGCUGUAGCCAAAUUUGUCCUGCACCCGGGAGUAUUCACCUUUUUGAAUAUGCUGUCUGCGACAAAGCUGGGCCGAGAGUUACCGACUUUGAAAGGACUAUUCGCCUAUAUGAAGCUAGCUUAGAGAUUGGCGCCAGAUGCGCGUAGUUGAAAUACGAAUGAAUGCGAGCUCUCUAAUUUAGAUGAUAAUAAAAUCCUGCCUCGGCCAAAAAAAUGUAGUAUAAUGGGGCAAGUAUCCAAGCGCAA